AUGACGGAAGUAUUCUCUUUCGAUGACGAGGACUUGUCCCAGCAAACUGAAAACCUAAAUAUUGACGAUCUCAACUACCGCAUUCUUCCGGACCAAGAACCGGACUCCAUCUCCAGCUCUAAUUACGAACAAAAAGACGUGGUUUCCGAGCUCCGCAAACCAGUUCCCAUCAAACAAAACAGACGAAACUCCUCCCAUGCUAUCGACGUGAACGAAAAUUUCGUUUCUUCAAUCAACAAAUCUUAUUCGAGUGCUGGCUCAUUGGGCCCGUAUAAACCCAAGCUUCUGGAUUUCGAACCAAUCAAAGUGUUGGGAAAGGGGUCUUUCGGGAAGGUUCUCCUCGUACGAGAGAUCUCCACAGGCAGGUUGUUUGCCCUGAAACAACUCAAAAAGGCAACUUUAAUCAUCAGUGACGAUGAAAUCAACACCGUCAAUUACCAACGAACUGUUAAUGAAAAGUCCAUUUUGGAAAUGGUCGACCACCCCAACAUCGUCCUGCUCUACUACGCUUUCCAAGACCACAACAAGCUCUACCUAAUCCUCGAGUAUCUUGACGGCGGUGAGUUGUUUCACCACUUGGCUCAAGAACGAUUCAUGAGUGAAAAAAAUGCCUCGUACUACAUAGCCCAGAUGGUGUUGGCUUUGCGCUACUUGCACACCAAGCUAGGUGUCAUCUACAGGGACUUAAAACCGGAAAAUUGCAUGCUCAACUCGCUUGGAAACUUGGUGCUCACCGACUUUGGUCUCUCCAAAGUUUCUUCCGAAGACGACCCUUCUCACUCGCUCACAGGUACGGCCCAGUAUAUGGCGCCAGAGAUACUCAAGGGAGAAAAUUACGGAUUUGCAGUAGACUGGUGGUCGCUUGGAUGCGUAGCCUUCGAUUUACUCACUGGAUCUCCGCCAUUUACUGGCAACAAUAAUAAGAAAAUCAUGGACAAAAUCAUAUCUUCCAAGAAAAACCUCAAAUUUCCCUUCUAUCUUUCACAGGACGCAAAGGACCUUCUCAGAAAAUUAUUACAAGCAAACCCAGACAAACGCAUGGAUAUAGACGGCAACUUUGACAUGUUGAAAAACCACCGAUUUUUUCGAUAUGUCGAUUGGAAACAACUUGAAUCUGGAAACCAGAGCGAUGUACUCCCUCCUAUACUACCGGUGAUAACGAAUCCCGUCCUUGCGGAAAAUUUCGAUCCCGAAUUCACAGAUUUACCAUUCACUCCUCAAAAGCAUUUCGACCUGGCGUCAGAUAUACUACAUGUCAAGGGCUUUACGUUUGCCAACGAAAGCUACCUUGAAAAAUAUAGAUCAUAG